UGAGAAAUAUAAUAAAUUAAAGUAAAACAACUCUUAGUCAAAUAAAUGUCAAACUCAAUGUCAUCCAAAAUUAACCUAAAAUCUAGCGAAUCUGAAAAGUUAAAGCAAUAGAAUUUAAACUUUGAUAUAAUUCAUAUAAAUAUAUAAAAUAUAUAAAUAAUUAAAUAAGUGGUUCAAUUAUAUAUUUUAAAUCAGAAGUGUUAUGAUUUUGGGAAGAUAUCGUUUUCUGUCAACAGUUGACUAUAAAUUUUCAUUAAUUAAGAAGUGGUGGAUUCAAAAUAAUAGAACAAAAUCAUAUUUAUCCCAAACUACUUUUAUAUCAUUACGUAAACAUCAUUCAAACAGAAUACAAGAAAGAUCUUUGAUUUUUUCAUUUGCAAAUAUGGCAACCACAAGUAACCUUGAAAAUAUACAAAUAGCAAAAAAUAAUCAUUUAAAUUUGGAAAAAUCACCAUAUUUAUUACAACAUGCUACUAAUCCAGUUGAUUGGUAUCCAUGGUGUGAUGAAGCUUUAGAAAAAGCAAAAAAAGAGGACAAAUGUAUAUUUUUAUCUGUUGGUUAUUCUACAUGUCAUUGGUGUCAUGUUAUGGAAAAAGAAUCUUUUAAAAAUAAAGAAAUUGCUAUAAUAAUGAAUAAAAAUUUUAUUAAUAUAAAAGUAGACAAAGAAGAGAGACCAGACAUUGAUAGGAUAUAUAUGACUUUUGUACAAGCAACAACUGGUCAUGGUGGAUGGCCAAUGAGUGUCUUUCUUACUCCUGAUUUAAAACCUAUAUUUGGUGGAACUUAUUUUCCUCCAGAAGAUACAUCUAGACAAACAGGAUUUAAGACAAUUUUACUAAGUAUUGCACAAAAGUGGAAUCAGUCCAAAACUAAAAUUAAUGAAGCUGGUUCUACAAAUCUUGAAAUUUUACAAAAUAUUUCUAAAAUUCCACAUACAUCUAAGCUACAUGAUAUACCUUCCUUAGAAUGUAGUGAAAUUUGUAUUCAACAACUUGAAAAUGAAUUUGAACCUAAAUUUGGUGGAUUUGGUUCUAUAUAUAAUAUGCAAUCACCAAAAUUUCCACAGCCGGUAAAUUUUAAUUUUUUAUUUCAUAUGUAUGCACGUCAACCCAAUGCAGACCUUGCGCGACUUUGUUUGCAUAUGUGUGUGUAUACUUUAAAAAAAAUGUCUUAUGGAGGAAUUCAUGAUCAUGUAGGCCAGGGAUUUUCAAGAUAUGCUACUGAUGGUGAAUGGCAUGUUCCUCAUUUUGAAAAGAUGUUAUAUGACCAGGCUCAAUUAAUGAAAUCAUAUGCAGAUGCAUAUCUUGCAACUAAAAAUAAUUAUUUUGCUGAAAUUGUGAAUGAUAUUGCUACGUAUGUAAUAAGAGAUCUUCGACACAAGGAAGGUGGGUUUUACAGUGCUGAAGAUGCAGAUUCUUAUCCUACAUAUGAUGCAUCUGCAAAGAAAGAAGGUGCUUUUUAUAUAUGGACUGCUAUAGAAAUCAAAUCACUUUUAAAUAAAGAACUUUUGCUUUCUAAUGAAAAACAUAUUAAGCUUUCUGAUAUUUUUUGUCAUCAUUUCAACAUAAAGGAAUUAGGAAAUAUAAAAUCAUAUCAAGAUCCACAUGGAGAACUUGAAGGAAAGAAUGUAUUAAUAAUGUAUAAUGAAAUUGAAGAAACAGCUAAACAUUUUAAUCUUCCAGUUGAAGAAGUGAAAAUGCAUCUGAUGGAAGCAUGUUCUAUUUUAUAUAAAGCUAGAUCUACAAGGCCAAGACCUCAUUUAGAUGAUAAAAUAAUUACAGCAUGGAAUGGUCUUAUGAUUAGUGGUUUAGCUUUUGGAGGAACAGCUGUAAAUAAUAAACAAUAUGUUAAGUAUGCAGUAGAUGCUAUAAAAUUUAUUAAACGAUAUCUUUUUGAUAAAACAAAAAAUAUAUUACUUCAUAGUUGUUAUCGCGACGAAAAAAAUAUAAUUACACAAAUGAGUACACCUAUACCAGGUUUUUUAGACGAUUAUGCAUUUGUUAUAAAAGGAUUGUUAGAUUUAUAUGAAUCUGAUUUAAACGAGGAAUGGCUCGAAUUUGCUGAAAAAUUACAAGAUCUUCAAGAUCAAUUUUUUUGGGAUGAAACAAAUGGUGGAUAUUUUUCGACAACGUCGAACGAUCCUAGUAUAAUUCUCAGACUUAAGGAAGCCUAUGACGGAGCAGAACCAUCCGGUAACUCAAUUGCUGCCGAAAAUUUAUUAAGAUUGGCAGAUUAUUUGGGACGUAGUGAAUUUAAGGAUAAAGCUGUGCGUCUUUUUGGAACAUUUAGACAUUUACUAAUUAAAAGACCUGUUUCAAUUCCACAGCUAGUAUCGGCUCUUAUACGUUAUCAUGAUGACGCAACACAGAUUUAUGUGGUUGGUAAACGAAAUGCCAAGGAUACUGAUGAUUUACUUAGUGUUAUAUAUAAACGUUUAAUACCAGGAAGGAUACUUUUCUUAAUUGAUCAUGAUAAAACAAAUAGCAUAUUAUUUCGUAAAAAUGAACAUUUCAGAAAUAUGAAGCCUGUGAAUAAUCAAACAACGGUUUAUAUAUGCAAACAUUGUACAUGUUCUUUACCUGUUACAAAUUCUGAACAAUUAGCAAUAUUGCUAGAUGAAUAGUAAUAAGAAAAAUAUUUUAAUUAUUAUUGAUUAAUAAUUAUAUUCAAUAAUAAAUGAUUUUGUCUUUGAUGAGAUUAAAAUUAUAAAAAUAGCAAAAUAAUAAAAUUUAAAAUCUCAAAUUAUGCAUUGUAUCAUAUUUCGCAAUAUCAAUAUAUGUUAUUAAUAAAAAUAGUAUUAUUUGUUGAAAAUACUUGUAAAUGAUUUUUGUUUUAAUAAAGUGAAUAU